AUGGGCCCAUUAUUACAUUACUCUCUGCUAAAAUACUUACUCUUUGUGAUUCUCCCUCAUCUUCUUACUCAAUGCGUUUCUUCUAUGCAGCGACCCUGUCUGCAUUCUGAACGCUCUGCUUUGUUGCAGUUGAAGGAAAGCUUCAUUCUCAAUCGGUCUGCUUCUUCUUAUUCUUUGGCUUAUGCGAAGGUUGGUUCAUGGAAACUUGAAGGACAAGGGGAUUGCUGCUCUUGGAAUGGCGUUGAGUGUGAUGACAACACUGGUCACGUUAUUGGACUUGAUCUAAGCAGUAGCUUCCUUUAUGGUUCUAUCGACUCCAACAACGGCCUUUUCCAACUCCAUCACCUUAGAAGGCUCAAUCUUUCAGACAAUCACUUCAAUUACUCUAAAAUUCUUUAUGCAAUUGGGAACCUUUCAAGGCUAUCACAAUUGUACCUCUCUUUCUCUCGCUUUUCAGGUCAAAUUCCGUCACAAGUUCUAGAGCUCCCGAAGUUGGUGAUUCUUGAUCUCUCCGGGAAUAUUGGAUUAGAACUCCAAAAUCCAAGCCUGAAAAGUCUAGCUAAGAAGCUAGUCAACCUCAAGUAUCUUAAUCUUGAUGAGGUGAAUGCGUCUUCGACGAUUCCUCAAAACUUGGCAAAUUUAUCUUAUUUGACAUAUCUCUCUCUCGCGAAUUGUGAAUUGCGUGGUGAAUUUCCUAUUAAAGUUUUUCAGCUACCCAAUCUUCAGUAUUUAAGGGUGUCUUACAAUCCAUAUCUAACGGGAGGUUUACCAGAAUUUCACAAAAAUAGUUCUAUUGAAUCAUUGAAACUUGCCAAUACAGGUUUCUCUGGUCAGCUACCAAAAUCAAUUGGGAAUCUUAAGUCAUUAUCAUUCUUGAGUGUUGGUAACUGCCUUUUUUCCGGACGAAUUCCCUCAUCGUUAGGGAAUGUUACACAACUGAUCAUUUUGGAUCUUGGUGUAAACAAAUUUUGGGGUUCGAUUCCACAAUCAAUCUUUACCCUAACAAAUCUCGAAGGUCUUGAUUUAGAGGAUAAUCAACUGAGCGGUGCCAUCAAAUUAGAAUCCCUUCUAAAUCUUAAAAAUCUCAAAAGCCUCCAACUGUCCUGGAAUAAUUUUUCAUUGCUCACCACCUCGGCAGUUAUGAAUGUUACUGUUCCAAAGUUCAGAUGGUUAACAUUAGGUUCAUGCAACUUAUUUGAGUUCCCAAAUUUUCUUUCUGGUCAGGAUGAACUGGAGUUUCUGGAUCUUUCUAGGAACAAAAUCUAUGGGCUUAUCCCCAAAUGGAUAUGGGGCUUUUGUGCCCAAACUCUUCAAGUUUUAAUCUUAGGUGGAAACUUUCUUACAGGUUUCCACCAAGCUACUGUUGUUCCUCCAUGGACCAAUCUAAGAAUUUUGGACCUUGGUUCUAACAAGCUACGAGGAUUCCUUCCAAUUCCACCCGCUUCCAUUUACCAUUACCUUGUCUCAGGCAAUUUAUUGACAGGAGAAAUCCCAUCAAUGAUCUGCAAUCUGACUUCUAUUACUACAUUUGACUUGUCACAUAACAACUUUAGCGGCACGCUUCCACCAUGUUUGGGCAACCUAAGCAGCUCACUUUCAGUAUUGAAUCUACAAAACAACAGCUUUCAUGGCCCUAUUCCUCAAACAUGCAAAAAAGGAAGCAAAUUGAGAAUGAUUGACAUUAGCCAAAAUCAAUUGGAUGGACAGAUUCCCAGAUCACUGGUUAACUGUAACAUGCUAGAGAUUCUUAAUUUGGGAAAUAAUCGAAUAGAGGAUACGUUUCCCUCUUGGUUGGGCAGGCUUCCAGAGUUAAGGAUUCUCAUACUACGACAUAAUGGAUUUCAUGGUGCAAUUGGAAAACCAAAAACCAAAGAGUUUCCCAAGUUGCAAAUCUUUGAUCUCUCCUUCAAUAAAUUUACAGGUCAUUUGCCAUCUCGUCAUUUCCCAAUAUGGAAGGCCAUGAAAGUUGUUGAUGUUGGCAAGUUAAGGUACUUGCAGGCAAACUUCAGUUUUAAAGUAACAAAUUACGAUUGGGAUUUUUCCUUUUCUUACUCAAUGACAAUGAUAAAUAAAGGCAUGGAGACAGAAUACUAUAGGAUUCAAGAAUUCUUGGCAGCCAUUGAUCUCUCAAGCAAUAGAUUUGAAGGUUGUAUUCCAGAAGACAUUCAGAUUCUAAAGGCAAUUCAAUUCCUUAACCUUUCCAACAACCUUCUUUCCGGUCCAAUUCCAUCAUCAUUGGCCAGUCUAACGGAACUUCAAUCUUUGGACCUUUCUCAGAACAAGCUCUCAGGAGAGAUCCCUCAAGAGCUCGUGGAGCUCACUUUCCUUGAAUUUUUUAAUGUCUCCAACAAUCAGCUGAUAGGACCCAUACCACAAGGAAAACAAUUUGCUACGUUCGAAAACAACUCAUUUAAGGGCAACCCAGGAUUAUGCGGGAAUCCUUUGUCAAAGAAAUGCUAUUCCGAGGGCUCAUCACCACCACCGCCUUCAUUGUCAAAGAAAGAUAGAGACAGCAGGUCUUGGCUUGAAUUUGGUUGGAAGGUUGUCCUGUUGGGGUAUGGAAGCGGGCUAGUGAACGGACUGGUUCUUGGGUACUCCUUCAACCCAAUGAAACACAAGUGGUUUGUCAAGUAA